ACAGCGAACGCAGCAGACAGACUGAGGGAGACCGUGCGUGUACCUGGGCAUUAAUCUGUCUAACCACGCUGCCCGUUCGGCUAUAUAUCGGCGGGGAGCACCAAGUUGCUAAGAUUUUUGACCACAGCUGACGCCUUACCGUCAAAUAUUACUUUUUACCAUCAACGACGUCUACCAAAAUAAGGCGGUGUGUGUGUGUGUGAGCGUGUGAUGACCGGCUGAGGAGGAGGAGAAGAAGGAAAGAGGCUUCGGUCUGAAACCAGAUUUUGUCGUGGAUAUUUCCACAGAGACGUCGUUCAGAUAACGGGGUUGUGUUUAAAUGCAGCGUGCCUCUAGGUGCCCCGCUCCACCUUUUUUCACUCCAAUUUUUAAGGCUAGUCUGACCCGUUUCAUGCUUCCCGAAGACUCUGCUCCAGCAGGACAUUGAAGGUUUGUCUUUCCUCCUGUUAUGGAGUGUGAAGAUGUGGAUUACGAUCACAGAGGAAUCCCCGGCGCUAGUUUAGCCGCCAUGCUUUCAUUAAACACGUCAAUGCAGCGCUGUGUUUGGCAGGGAUAGAGUGAGCUAUGAAUACGCGCAGUCUGGCCAGCGGGAUAAAUCGGUGAUUUUUGGAGCACGACUGGACUCCUGUUAGGAAACGUGAGAGAGCAGCCGUGCUAGCCUGCUGGCAGCAGCUAUUAGCUCCAUUAGCCGGCUAACAGCUACACGGUACUGGCUGGAGAUUAAACAAGGGGUUUUGACCGCUGCUUCUGGGUCUUGCCCACGUUUCCAUCUUCGCAACUCAUUUUUCCUGCAGGAUUGAUAGCGGAAUCUACGCGUUCAAGGAUGAGGUGUCAACUGGAACGGAGCCGCUUGACCUUGUUUGGGGGUCUUAUGCUGGCUCUGUCCUCCUGCCUUUGGCCCGCCACCGCAGAGAUUUGCUCUCACAGCUUCGACAUUGGCAAUGACAUUAGUGAAUUCAGACAACUGGAGAAUUGCACAGUGGUUGAGGGCUACUUGAAGAUCCUCCUCAUCGGUGACAAAAACAACAACAACAUCAACCAGGAGGUCUUCCGCACCCUCAGCUUCCCUAAGCUCACAAUGAUUACCGACUACCUGCUACUGUUCAGGGUUUCAGGCCUUGACAGCCUGAGCACACUCUUUCCUAACCUCUCCGUCAUCCGUGGCCGCAACCUCUUCUAUAACUACGCCCUGGUGAUCUUUGAGAUGACCAGCCUGAAGGACAUCGGCCUAUAUAACCUGAGGAACAUAACCCGGGGGGCCAUCCGUAUCGAGAAGAACCCAGAGCUCUGCUACCUGGACUCCAUAGACUGGUCCCUCAUAAUGGACGCAGAGUUCAACAAUUACAUUGCUGGGAACAAGCAGUCCAAAGAGUGCAGUGACGUUUGUCCAGGCAUCAUGGAAAACAGUCCCAUGUGCAAAAAGACCAUGUUCAACAACAAUUACAACUACCGCUGCUGGAAUUCCAAUCAUUGCCAAAAAGAGUGUCCAGAAAAGUGUGGACGGCGAGCAUGCACAGGUGACGGUGAGUGCUGCCAUCCUCAGUGUCUCGGCAGUUGCACACUUUCUGACGACGACACUGCAUGCGCCGCAUGUGGGCAUUACUACCACAAUGGCAGAUGUGUGGCUAACUGCCCUCCAAGCACAUACAGGUUCGAGGGCUGGCGUUGCAUCAGUGCUGAUUUCUGCUCUAAAGUGCAUCUUUCGGAGUUUGAUACCUUCGUUAUACAUGGAGGAGAAUGUAUGCCUCAUUGUCCAUCCGGGUACACACGAUCCACACCCGACAGCAUGUCGUGCAUCGCCUGCGAUGGCCUGUGCGAUAAAGUGUGUGACGGGAAGCUCAUUGACUCCGUGGAUGCUGCUCAGUCUCUCAAAGGCUGCACGGUUAUCAAGGGCGACCUGCAAAUCACCAUCCGCAGAGGCCAUAACAUGGUGGCAGAACUGGAGAGUUUCACGGGUUUGAUCCAGAGGGUGACUGGUCAUGUCCGGAUCAGACAUUCACACACUCUGAGCUCGCUGGCGUUUCUCCGCAGCCUGAGAUUCAUCGAUGGAGAAAACCUUCAUGAAGACACUUAUGCCUUCUCAGCAUUCGACAACCAGCAGCUCCAGUAUCUUUGGGACUGGAAGCAGCACAACCUGACCAUAAAAGCGGGCAAGCUGUUCUUCAGAGCCAACCCGAAGCUGUGUAUGUCUGAGAUACGCAAGAUGUGGGAAAAGACAGGCAUCCGGGGCCGCUUUGAUGAGACAGACUUCCGAAACAAUGGCGACAGAGCCAGCUGUGAAAGCACCAUCCUGCAGUUUACAUCCAACAGCACCAGCAGCACAAGGAUCAAACUGACAUGGCAGCGCUACCGACCUCCCGACUACAGAGACCUCAUCAGCUUUAUAGUGUACUACAAGGAGGCGCCGUUCCAGAACAUCACAGAGUUUGAGGGGCAGGAUGGUUGCGGUUUCAACAGCUGGAACAUGGUGGAUGUGGAACUGAGGCCUGAUAAGGAGAUAGACCCCGGGGUUCUGCUUUCCGGCCUGAAACCCUGGACUCAAUACGCCGUGUUUGUUAAGGCUAUCACGCUUAUGGUGGAAGACAAACAUAUGCCAGGUGCCAAGAGCAAGGUGGUCUACAUCCGCACCAGCCCCUCUGCGCCCUCCAUGCCACAGGAUGUGCGUGCCUACUCUAACUCCUCCACUCAGCUGGUGGUCCGCUGGUCAGCCCCCGUCUCACCCAAUGGAAAUCAGACUUACUACUGGGUAAAGUGGCAGCAACAAGCUGAAGACAAGGAACUGUACCAGCAUAACUACUGCUCAAAAGAGCUAAAGAUCCCAAUAAGGAUUGCUGCCACAGGAAUUGGAGACCAAGAGGAGGAUACAAAGCCCAUUAAACCAGAUCCGGAUGGAGCUGAUAAAGGUCCUUGCUGCCCCUGCCCCAAAUCAGCGGAAGACCUGGAGGCUGAAGCUGCUGAUGCCUCCUACCGAAAAGUCUUUGAAAACUUCCUGCACAACUCCAUUUUUACACCAAGGCCUCCAGAUCGGCGCCGCAGAGAUCUUUUUGGCGUCGCCAACUCCACUCGUGCACGUCACUUCCAGCUUUAUGCCAACAGCACCGUGGUUCCUCCUUUUCAGGCCGCCGGUAACAGCAGUGCCCCUGACCCAGAGCCAGCCGAACAAGAGUAUGAGGUCAUGGAGCAAACAGUAACUGAGCGGGAGCUGCAGAUAUCAGGCCUGGAGCCUUUCACAGUUUACCGCAUCGACAUUCAUGCCUGCAACAGGCAAGUUCAGCACUGCAGUGCAGCCGAGUUCGUCUUCUCCAGGACCAAGCCAGCAGAAAAGGCUGAUGACAUCCCAGGCCCGGUGAACUGGGAGGGUCACGAUGACUGGGUGUCUCUACGCUGGUCGGAGCCCACUCGGCCAAACGGUCUUAUCCUCAUGUAUGAGAUCAAGUUCAAACUGGCUGCUGAGCCCGAGAAGCACGAGUGUGUUUCCAGACAGCUGUAUCGAACCCAGCGUGGCGUUCGCCUGACCGACCUCAGUCCUGGAAACUAUUCAGUCAGAGUGAGAGCCACAUCACUGGCUGGCAAUGGUUCCUGGACACACACCCUGAAUCUCUAUGUAGCUGAAAGUUAUGAAAACAUCUUUGCUAUGAUCUUUGUCCCAGUCGUCAUCAUCAUCCUAAUCUGCUCUUUGGUCUUGAUGCUGGUGGUCUUCAACAGGAAAAGGAACAGCGACCGGCUCGGGAACGGAGUCCUGUAUGCCUCGGUCAACCCCGAGUACUUCAGCGCUGCAGAAAUGUAUGUACCAGAUGAGUGGGAGGUGGCCCGAGAGAAGAUUUGCCUCUGUCGGGAGCUCGGCCAGGGGUCAUUCGGGAUGGUAUACGAGGGCGUGGCUAAGGGUGUAAUCAAAGAUGAGCCGGAGACGCGCGUCGCCGUCAAGACUGUAAACGAGUCAGCCAGCAUGAGGGAGAGGAUCGAGUUUCUCAAUGAAGCAUCUGUUAUGAAGGAGUUUAAUUGCCAUCAUGUGGUUCGUCUUCUUGGUGUGGUCUCACAAGGACAACCCACCUUAGUCAUUAUGGAGCUGAUGACGAGAGGAGACCUGAAGAGUUAUCUGCGUUCGCUACGUCCUAAAGAGCAACAGUUUUCCAACCUGUCUCUCCCUCCGCUGAAAAAGAUGCUUCAAAUGGCGGGACAGAUCGCAGACGGCAUGGCAUACCUCAAUGCCAACAAGUUCGUCCAUCGAGAUCUGGCCGCAAGAAACUGCAUGGUGGCCGAGGACUUCACCGUUAAGAUAGGAGAUUUUGGCAUGACUAGAGACAUAUAUGAGACUGAUUACUAUCGCAAAGGUGGCAAAGGUUUGCUCCCUGUCCGCUGGAUGUCACCCGAGUCUCUGAAGGAUGGCGUUUUCACCACCAACUCAGACGUCUGGUCGUUUGGGGUUGUGUUGUGGGAGAUAGCCACUCUGGCAGAGCAACCUUACCAGGGUCUGUCCAAUGAACAAGUCCUUCGCUUUGUAAUGGAGGGAGGACUGCUAGAGAAACCGCAGAACUGUCCAGACAUGCUGUUCAAUCUGAUGCGAAUGUGUUGGCAGUACAACCCUAAAAUGCGUCCAUCCUUCGUGGAGAUCAUCAGCAGCAUUAAGGAUGAGCUGGAGCCUUCUUUCAAAGAGGUUAGUUUCUUCUUCAGUGCCGACAACAAGCCCGCUGAAGCUCCGCAGCUCCUCCCGGACAAGCUUGAGCACACAACGGACGUUACCCUGGACCCCUCUUCCUCUAUGCAGCAGAACACCCAGCUCAACCCCCCUACCCCAAGCCCAGAAGGCCCACCUGCCCCAUCACAAACCCCCAGCUCCCCCUCCUCUCCCUGCACAUCGAGCACAGUCAUGGACAAUCAGUCCUCGAGCCAGCAGGCAGCCAACGGACUCUCGGGGGCAGGCCUUCCAGCAAGCGUGGGACCCGCGACCGGCUCGGGCGUCACAAUGCGGCCGUCUCUGGACGAACUGCCGCCGUACGCACACAUGAACGGAGGACGCAAAAAUGAGCGUGCCAUUCCUCUCCCACAGUCGUCAGCCUGCUGACUGGGCAGACACAUGGACACCCUUUACCCACUGACCUGAAGAACCACAUCUCUGAGUGGGCGUUUUUCUUUUGUUUUUUGAAUCACAGCAAAACCUUCUCUACAGGAUGGAUGGGAGUAUUUUGAGACUCACUUAAAGAUGGGGAAAAAACUUUCAGAGCUAAUGUCCUGCUGUAUGACCACACUUUAUUUUUUUUAAAUAAUCUACUAAUUUGAGUUUCUUCCAGCUGGCUGUCAUUUUUGACCUUGCAGCUGAUGGAAUGACCAAAAAUGAUUAAAAAAGGAAAAAACAUCUUCAGUAAUACAAAGAAAUCAUAAAAUGAAUAAUUUUGAGGGGAGCUAUUUCGUGCUCUCUGUGGCUGAACUUAUUUUAUAGAUGGUUAUUUGUUACUUUUUAUGUGUCUCUGUAUGAGGAAAGAAAAUGUGUGUAGGCCUUUAUUAAUGAUCAGCGUUGUGUGCGCGCACAUUUGAACGGGCAUUAUGGUGAAAACAUUAAGCAUAUCUAAAGAAGAAGAAGCACUUCAAAGAGGUCGUCAGUCGGUCGUUCAUGAAUCCGGUGACUGUGAGGGUCAAGGGUCAGCAUAAUGCCGGGUCAAAAGCCAAUCCGCUGAAACAAACGAUGGGGGAACAGUCAGCUCUGCCAAAUCUGUUGCCAAACUCUUCUGCUUUCAUAUUUUCUUACCUUGUUGCUCUUCAAAACGCAGUCUUGAAAACAAGGAGAAUACAAACAAAAGCACUUUGAUCUUCCACUACUUUGUUCAUGUAGAGAUCAGACAGACAUUAACUUUCCCCGACAGUCCUGCUCUGCUUCUCCAGUGCCGAUUGUGAUCUGCAGUUUCUCGGCUUCGUCAGAUCCCUGCGUAGACUUCUGCCCGUCAGUUUACCUGAAAUAGAGCCAGCUGCCACAAAGUGCUGUGAGUUAGGGCUGAACAGUGAAUUACGUAGCAAAAUAUACAACAAAACACAAAAAAAGGCAAGGACUGCAGAGGAAGAGCAGUACAGAGGAGAACAUGAACGCAAGAUCUGUUGUCCGAGUUUUCCCUAAGGUCAGAGGCAUCCUUGUUGUACACAAACAGGUAUUUUUUUACACUUGUAAAUACUCGUCAACAUUUACAUCUCUACAUGUCCAGAGCAUUUAUGUACAAACCAGUUGUUUUUUUCACUUUUCUAAAUUUUAUACAAGGUGGAAGACUUUCAUCACGUACAGAAAGAAGCUGCUAUUCCUUAUUCUGCUUGUGGUUGUAAAAAAAAAAAAAAACUGUAAAAAAAAAAAAAGACUUGUUCAAGUUAGCUUUUGGUUUGGAACAUUUUCACUCCAGUUCAUUUUUUAUACUGUUCAUCAUUUAUGGACUGAGUUUUGUUUCUGUCAAAAAAAGGUAAAAGGUACAACAAUUAGCCUUGUUUUGAAAGACCUGUAUCUUCACCACAUCCCACUAGAGGGCCUCUACGUUCUCUCGGAUCCUGGUGUCCAAAAAUAAAAUCUCAGGUGAAAGAGGAAGGUUAAAUCUCUUUCUGCUCCCGUUUUUCCUUUUUUGUGCUGCUGUUACCUGAAGACAUCCUACUUAGUGUUUGCCUGAUUCUUUUAUCAGUCUUAAAGCAAUGUUUAUCACCACAAUCUGUAAGAAAUUGUGUGGUCUCAAUCUUUUGGUUUGUCCUUGCCCCAAUUGUAUGCAGCCAAAAUACUGACAAAAAGUAGAGACAACAAAGGUAGUAUAGUAAAAUAUUGUGAGCGUAUUUAUCUGAAUUUGUCAAAACAAAAGAAAUAAUUCCUUUAUCGGUUUCUUCCUCAAGUUGGUAUAAUUAUAAUUUCAGUGUUUUUGGGAGGCAUGUACAUUUUUUUUCAUAUUUGCAAUCUAUUUGCAUCCAGGAAGCAUUUAUUCAGACCUUUUUAGACUCUUCUAAAGUUGCUUUUUCCAAACUCAGGGUUCCUGCACAGCCUUCAAAACAUGGAUAAGAAUUAAAUUCCCUUUUAGUCUGGAUAAGUAGGAAAACAAUUCAAAUUCAUUAUGGAAAAACAAAUGCGUUCCAAACUUUUGUCCACCCCUCUGUUAAAUUUUCUAGAGCAUGAAAAUCUCCCUUUCUAAGAAAGAUAAAGUAGCUCCCUCGAAAAUUGACAACUGUAUCUCCCGUGACUCAUUUUUAAAUAACUUAGUGAUUAUUUUGUGUUGCACCUGAUGGCGUUCUAGUGACUCUAUGGGGUAAUCUGUAAGAGUCAUCAACUGCUUGAUGAUGGAUGUUUUUGGUUGAACCAACACUCGGGUAUCACUGUCUGGAGACGGUUAAUCUGUUCACUCAAGAACUUAAUAUUGAUAUAGUAAGAUAAUUAAACACAUCAAAUCACAACAAAGUUAUGUGAGAAUCUUUUUAUCUUGAUAUAAGGAUACUUUCAACACUCUAAACCCGAGGACAUAAUGAGAUAAUAAAACUCGUUGCAAAACAAGCUCAAAAUAACUAUCUUAAGAUAGCAAAAUAAUAAAAUAUUUCCUUGACAACCCCAAGCUAGAGAAGUCAUUAUCUCGAGAUAAUGAGAUGGUUAAAUUGUAAUUGCAAUACAAAAACUCAAGAUAUUUACAUAAAGGUGCCAUUAUCAAUGCUAAAUGAGCUUAUAUUUUCAUUAUAUCAAGGCAAAAUGAGCUCAAUAUCUUAUUUCUAUAAAGUGUUACUAGGAAACCAUUAAUGCUACUAAACAGAUAAUGAGGCAAUAAGAUGAAUACAAAGUUUGAGCUCUCGUUAAAAAUAGCAAGAGCUCAACCCCGUUUUUCUUGGUAUUGAUUUGAUAAUAGCACUGCUAUAGUACAAAAAUAAGCUUAAGAUCUUGUUUUAAGAUCAUCACUACAAAAACAAACAUCGAGAUCUUAUCUCAUGGAUAGUAAGAUGAGAAUGACAUAUUAAAACAAGUUAGAUCUCUGAUCUCAUGAUAUACCAAGCAUCUUUGUCGCUUGAAAAAAGGUCACAAUCUCAUGUAAAUAUUACAAGAUAUGACUAUCUCUACAAAACAAGAUCUUGCAAGACAUCUUUCAUAAUGAAGUUCAUUUAAAAAAAAAAAACUUAAGUUUAAGUUCAGGGUAUAUUGAAAUAGACCAGAUCUCAAACUUGUUUUAUUGUGAUAUUAUUGUUCUUAUACAGUUGAUAUCACACAAAAUCGAGCUUGGGGUCUCGUUAUCCCAAGAUGAGAAACUGUUCCGCUCUGUGAUUUAAUGAAAUAAAUUUCUGUGCACCUCAUUUGUUUUUUUGGAGUCGCUGACUGGAUAAACGCUCACAAGUCUCUCAUGAGGGACUGUUAUUCAGGUGAUAAAAUCGUUUUUUUUUUUUUUUUUUUUUUUUUUUUUUUUUUGCUGUCUUUGAGUGUUGGAACAGAAGGCUACUGAACCCUGUACAAAAAACAAACUAAAUCAUCUUAGAAAUUUGCAUAUAUGUCAAAAAUAAUCAACAUACUAAGGAGUGGGAACCUGGAAAACGUGGAAUUUUGAAAUGGGAUAUUAUAGGUGUUCACGUUCCCGUGAGCCGAGCUGCCAUCGAAGUUGCAGUUUUGGCCUUUGUUAGUAAGGUCAGCAGUAACUAAAUAGCAGCCAGCAAGGAAAUCCUUACAAUUCACCAAAUGUUAAUUAUCACACCAGUGCCAAUUAAAGCAUUUUAUAAGUUUGUGCUGUUAUAAUAAAAUAUCUAUAUAUUAAUACAAAAUACAUUUCUAAGCUUAUUUAAAAUGAAGACUUUUUUUUGCUGAACCUCUUUUUACUAGCUAACUAGCUUUUUCAGCCUUAGCUAUCCACACAAAACUUAAUUUCUUAUAUUUAAACUUGUGAAACAAAGAAUUAUGAUUGACUGCUUUACACUGAAACAACUGCUUUCUUUAUAGGCUAUCUCUGUAUGCUCUGGUUUGUCAAUUUAAAAUAUGAAAGUCAUCAGGAGGCUAGAAAACAUAUGUGGGGGGAGAAUAGAGAGCAGAUAAACAACAAAAUGCGAACCAAAACCUAGCCAGUAGAACAAUUAAACAUGCUAAUAAAGGUGAAAAGCUAUGUGUUAUCACUUACUGUUUUGUUUCUCUACACAUUUCAAAUGGUAUAAAGUCAAUUUUGUGUUUGCUAUUUUCUGAUAGCUUCCUACUACUUUUUGUCAGUGUUAUGGUUCGCUUGGUUCAAGGCCUGUACAAAGUUAAAACAAUUUGUUUAAUGUAGCAAAAAGCCCUCUCUUUGUAUUUCUAUCACCUUUCGACUUGAUAAUUUCACUCGCCUCUCGAUCAGAUGCUUUCUUGAAACGUGAUUAUCCAUCUGUUGGAGUGGGUUCUGUUGUUAUUUGUUUUCUAUAUUUUGUAAACAUUUGGAUGUGUUUGUUGAAGAUUUCUGACUAAAUGGGACUGAAUUCACCUGCAGCAUUCACCGUUUUCUAUUGAAAUGCUUCAGGAACACUGAGAUACUGAGAGUGACCUAAAAGGACUGAUGAGAGAAACACGCCAUGAAGCCCUUCUCUUUAAGCAGCUAAAUCUUUAAUCUUAGGAGACUGAAUAUCCACGUUUAAGCAUCAGCAUUAAAAUUUGUACCGAUCUUAUGGAGGACCACAUGGAAUCGUCUCAAAAAGGGACAUUUUAAUUCAAAUCCCGGAUGUUGCUUUGCUAUUUAUUUUCUUUUUUUGUUAAGUGGUGAUCACUGUACAAAUCUCCCCUCGAGUUUCUUUUGAUCUAACAUUUUUAUGUUCUUUUGUUGUUUUGGGAGAAGGCUUUAUUAUUUCCUUCAACCAUCCAUCUACCUCACUUUUCUUUUGUACAAUCUAUUUACUUGUAUAAAACACAAAAUAUGUCAUCUCAACUGGGUGCUGUUUAACACGGUCAUAUUCAAACCACAAACCAAACCAUCCUGGAAGCAGGCUAGGGGCUCAGACACAUCAAACAUUCUUCAUACUAAUGAUAGAGGCCAUGGUCAGUUAUAUGGAGAUACUUAAAAUGUAUUUUCCUAUGGGGACAGUUUAAGCUGGCUAAUGGGCUCCUCUGGGUCUGUUUUUGCUGCUUCCAGUGAACCUAGUGGCUCACUGGACCAUUUGUUUCUAUAACUCAUCGUUACUACAUUGUCCUUUUCAUGUGUAACACAUAAUCUCGUGUUUUAGCUUUUUCCUCCUGUUCCCAACAGGAUUUGUUGCUCUGGUUUAAUGCUCUCUGCCAGUCUUGCUAUAAAACACUAAUCAAUUUCUGAAAUCAGGUUUGUUUGUGGUCUGAUUUUUAUUUUUAUUUUUUCCUGAUUUAUUUUUCCCCCCACUGGAAAACCUCACAAAAACAAUAAAUUUAGUUUUUCUCUUCCCAAACCAUCCCUCGCUUUCCUAUUUCCCCUUCUUUUUUAUGUUGCAUUAGCAGUUUGUUAUUUUAUUUGAAAUGUAAGUUAUUGAUAGCCUUCCAAGUCCUGGGUCUGUUAAAAUGGUUGUUUGGACUAAUGUUUCAUUUUGGUUUUUCUUUUGUACAUGCUGUUGUAAGAAUUUAUCUUAUCAAUAUAUUACUGGGAUAAAAUGAUUGGAUGAAGGUUAAGAGAAUGUCUAUUUCUCUUUCUUUUUUUUUCUACACAAAAUUUAAGAUAAAUAAAAAAAAUUUAUGCAAA